AUGGCUAUCGCAAGUAUCAUCAACGAGUACAGCGACGAAAGCGACGUCGAGGCCCUCGCUGGACUGGAGGCGAUGCGCAUGGCUGAAGCCCAGGAAGCAGACGCAAAUCGAGGCAGUGCUCUUUUCGGGUAUUACGGCUCUUCGUUGGCGAAUCUCUCUAACGAAGCUGACGAGACUGAUAUUCCCAUGGAUAUGAGCACGCUGAGCGGGGGUUACGAUGCCCAUAUGUCCUAUGGCGGUGAUCCGAGUACCUUGGCUGCAGGCCCGGAAGCUAAUGGUUCCAACUCGUUAUCUGCUUCGAACUCGAUGCGGCGAUCCAUCGGCUCAAGCAACCCGGAUAGCAUAUACGACCAUGCUAUGAGCCUCCACUCUCGUGGACCACCGGUCGCUCGUGUUGACGCUGGUGAUACUGGAGGGUUGACCGAUCCUGACGCCCUCAAUCGUAGACAAAGUUUUGACGAGGGCGACGAGUAUAGCCUUACAGACAAUAUGCUACAACCUGGCGAGCCUCCGGACAUGUUCUUCCAUCCUGGUCCUUCAACACACAGCCACGAUAGACCUUUGCCUCCUCCACCAAUCGUGUCCGACAACGGGGUUCCUCGUCUCAACACAAGUUUGCUCCAUCAGCGCUCAAACUCUCUUUCUCAUGCUCAGUAUCGCAUGACUCCUGACGGUUAUACCCCAUCUACGAUAGACACUGGCGCUGGUACCUUUCCUCGAUCUGCAUCGCUUCUCACUCACAGUCAAACCCCUCAAGUGCUUCAGCCUGCAAGAUCAAAAACAGAUGCGGAGGAGCGCAGACUCAAGCAAGGUUAUCGGGCUUCCAUCUACAACACUUUCGACAAUACGCCUGCCGCAAGUACGGUCGCUCUUGAUCUACCUAGUCUGCCUACAAAGCGUUUCAAUCCCUCGAAGCUUGGCGGAUCCGAUUUCAAAAAGUGUGAAGAACCUUGGGCACUGAGCUCGAUCCUCCAAUGGCUGUUACUCGUUGCAGAUCCUGAGAAAAUGACCGAGUUAAAGGAGUCGAUGGUCAAAGAAGCCCUGGUCUCACUCUUCACCAACAAAGUCCCUACCAUGAACAUCGCAGAUGCCGAAGUCCUGAGCAAUCGUGUUGUUGAGAACAUGUAUGCCUCACAGACCCUCAUCCCAGUCGAAGAAUGGGUUAGGCUCAGCCCAGGGCAUAUGAACGGUGUCAUCUUCCAAUUGACGCUGAAUGGGUGCUACUCACAUACUGUUCAUAACCACCUGUUCCAAGGUCGUUGUUAUUCCCAUCACUGUCAACGUACAUUGAAGAAGGUCAACCUCCAGACUGUGUCAACCCGAGCUUCUGAAGACUGGGCAACCUUCUACAAGCUCAAGAAAGAGGAUGUUGAGGGUCACGACAGGAAAGAAAUUGAGUUACAAAACAUCCUACAUGAGAUUGUGCAGACCGAAGAGGGCUUUAUGGGGGACCUUGAUGUGAUGAUCCGAUUAUACCGCGAUCCUCUGGCCACUGCCAAUCCUACGAUCAUCAGCCCCAACCGUCAGGAGAGAUUCUUGCGAGAUGUUUUCAGCAAGCUUGACUUGGUCAAGAAAGCAAACGUCGAGCAUCUGUUACCACAACUCAAGUACCGACAACAAGAACAAGGUCCAUGGGUCAAGGGAUUCAGUGACAUCUUCAGACAGUGGAUUCGCAAAGCCAAAACUGCUUAUAUCGAAUAUGCCACUGGCUUCCCCAGCGCAAACUCAUUGAUGCGGCAAGAGCUCGAGAAGAACAUCAGCUUCCGCAACUUUGUGGAAGCCGCGCGAGUGAACAAGCUAUCUAACAAACUUGGUUGGGACAACUACCUCAAAGCUCCCAUCACAAGAUUGCAACGUUACGGUUUGCUCUUGCAAACGGUCCACAAGAAUAUGCAGCAUGAUUGUGAGGAGAAGACUAAUCUUGCUACUGCUAUCGAGGAGAUCCGGGCCGUCACUUUGGAGUGCGAUUCCCGCGUUGCUGACCAGCAAAGAAAGGUUGACCUCUCUGAUCUCAGUCAAAAGCUUUUGUUAAGGCCUGGAAUGGCGUCCGAGGUUGAGCUCAAUUUGACGUCGAUUGGACGAGAACUGAUCUACCAAGGUGAUCUACAGAGAAUGGGCAACAACCGCUUUACCUGGGUAGAAUGUCAUGCUCUCCUAUUUGAUCAUUAUCUCAUUCUCGCCAAGAUCCUCUCAGUACCACAAAAAGGCGCGCCUAACAAGGUAGAGAGAUACGACGUCUCAAGACUGCCCAUUCCUAUGGAUCUACUGGUAUUGGAGAACAUCAACGAGGAUGUGGUGGUCCGUUCCUCAUAUGUCAAAGGAAUCACCGCCGUUACACCUUUACCGUCGAGGCCACUGCCAUCCAGUCCAGACUUGAAUAAGCUGGCUCGUAUUACAACCGCUCAAUCGAAUCACCCCACUCUGGCUACCGUUAAUACUGGCUCGUCAAUGACAAGUCUGAACAGCGUUGCAUCUGCACCUUCGAAACUUUCUAGUACCACAGUGCUCGACAACAACAAGGAUUCGGAAAAAGUUCUGUAUCCAUUCCGCAUCAAGCAUCUGGGAGGUAAGGAGCCAUACACGCUGUUUGCUGCUUCAGCAGGCAGUAGAAGCGAAUGGUACAACAAGAUCAUUGAAGCCAAAACCAAACACGCUGCUGCUCUAUUUGCGCAGAAUGCCGAACCAUUCCGUCUCAGAGUGAUCGCCGAUUCUGCCUUCUACUACGAUUCGAACGCAAAUACCAAGGAUCAAUACGGUGUUAGCAUGGUUGGGAAGCCAGUCAUAAUUAAAAGCACGCCCUUGGAUCGUGCUGUCAAGGAAGUAGAGAACAGAUUCAAGGCUAGUGGUCGCCCAGCUCCGAUCUGCAGAGCAAGAGUCAACUGUGCUACUAGCUUUACAACUUCUUAUCCUGGUACAAAACAUAUGGUUGCAGUGGGUACAGACUUCGGUGUCUACUGUUGCGAGAUGGACAACCCUAGGGGUUGGUUCCGCGCAAUCGCAGGCACCAAGGUCACGCAGGUUGCGGUGCUCGAGGAGUUCAACUUGUUCUUGCUCUUAGCCGACAAAGUUCUUUACGCACACCAUCUCGACGUAGUUUGUCAGCCUCUAUCCACUGGCGCGGCCGAGACAUCUUCGUCGCGUAAGGCGCCGCAAAGACUCUCCGGUAGUAGAGAUGUAGGUUUCUUCGCCGUCGGACGCAUGAAGGAUCGAACCCUGGUCUUCUACAAGAAGAGGGAUGGCAUUUCAUCGACGUUCAAGGUCUUGGAGCCCAUCUACCAAAAGUCGACCGAAAAGAAACGCGGUAUUUUCAAACGAGGAAACACCGAAUUCUUCCGCGAUUACGACGACUUCUAUAUCGGCACUGAAUGCCACGGCAUGAACCUCUUCCACAGCAGUCUGGCUAUAAGCUCAGACAAGGGCUUCGAAGUACUCACUCUAGAUAAGAAGCAACCCUGGAGUGUGCCAGAUUGGAAAGCUCCAGAGGUUGGCAACAUUCUACGCCAUGUCGAGAAACAGGAGACACUUGGCAUGCUUCGCCUGACCGACCAAGAAUUCCUGCUCUGUUACAACCACUGCGCAGUCUAUGUUAACAAGCAUGGCGAGAUCAGUCGUUCGGUCGUUAUGAACUUUGUUGCUAACGCAAAGAGCGCUGCACUGUAUGGGCCUUAUCUCGUCCUCUUCGACAACGAGUUUGUCGAAGUGCGCAAUGCGCAAAACGGGCGUCUGAAGCAGAUUAUCGCUGGCAAAGAUAUCAAAUGUCUCGACGACGGUGGUGGUGGCACACUCAGUGGCGGUAGUACCAAUACUGGCAUCGUCAAUGGUGUCGUUGGGUAUGGUGCUGCUAGCCGUACCAUCAAGAUCGUCAUGCAACAUCCUGCACUCGAGAAGACGCAGAUUGUUGUGGAGAUGGUGUUGAACAACGAGCAGAAGGAGUAG